AGCUCUGCCCUGUCUGUGGAGACAGAGUGCGGCCAUUUUGUUCUAGUUCGGCUGUAAAUUUGUAAAUAAGGCGAACACUCAUAAACUCUGGCAUUAUGUAAUAUUAAUUUAUCUUUAUAAUACUCGUGAUUGCACUCGGAGUCGGACCCGUGAGUGAGUAAGUGAGUGAGUGAGUGAGUAAGUAAGUAAGUAAGUGAGUGAGUGAGUGAGUGAGUAAGUAAGUGUGUGUGUUUGUUAUGGAGGAGCGUGCAGAGUCGUGCUGGGAGUAACGUUAACGUUAGACGUGUCCUGACAGAGCUCAUUUUCAGAGUCGCGGUUAUGAAUGGCGGAUAAACAACAACACUAAUAAUAAUAAAUGGUGGCGAAAUCUGACCGCAGCUCUCCCCGCAUCCUCCUCUUCCUCCUCCUCGCGCUCCUCGCUGUCCUGACGCUCACUGACCCGUCGCUCUCCGGGCCGCGAUUAGCACUGGCCACACCGAUCUCUGAGCCGCGUUGCGCUCAAGACCAGUUCGCAUGUCUCAGUGGGAGGAUGCAAUGUAUUCCCCUGGACUGGAGGUGUGAUGGUUGGACUGCCUGCGAGGACAAGAGCGACGAGAUAGACUGUCCUCCAAUGAGGGAGGAGCGAUAUCGCUAUGGAAGCGGCUUCGAUCAGAUGGAGGACGUAAUGGGCGUGGCUCAGCCUGUGCGCUUUAACAAAAAAUGCCCGAGUGGAUGGCACCACUAUGAAAAGACGUCCAGCUGUUACAAGGUGUAUGAGCGAGGGGAGAAUUACUGGCAGGCUGGGGAAACGUGUCAGAGAGUAAACGGCUCGCUCGCCACCUUUAGCACCAACGAAGAGCUGCAGUUCAUCCUCAAGAUCGACCAGAGAGUGUGUGAGCGCAGAGACCAGUGCAGUUUCUGGGUGGGUUAUCAGUAUGUCAUUACCAAUCAGAGUCGAACGUUUGAGGGCCGCUGGGAGGUGGCCUAUAAAGGCUCUGUUCAGGUGUUUCUUCCCCCUGAGGGAUUAUGGAGUGUGUCGGAGGUGAGCGUGAAGCAGGACAGUGUGUACUGCGCGCAACUGCAGCGGUUUCACAACAGGAAUAUGAACGAGCGCGGCUUACACAGCUGGCACACAGAGAACUGCUACAAGUCUUUCCCUUUUCUCUGCAAAAGACGACAGACUUGUGUGGAUAUCCGGGAUAAUGUUGUGAGUGAGGGUUUGUACUUCACCCCAAAGGGGGACGACCCAUGUCUAAGCUGCACAUGUCACGACGGUGAGGCAGAGAUGUGUGUGGCGGCACUGUGUGAGAGGCCGCAGGGUUGUACACACUUCACAAAGGAUCCUAAAGAGUGCUGCAAGUUCACCUGCCUCGACCCGGAUGGCAACAGUCUCUUCGACUCCAUGGCAAGUGGCAUGCGUCUAAUCAUCAGCUGUAUCUCAUCAUUCCUGGUGUUGUCUUUGCUGCUGUUUAUGGUACAUCGCUUACGGCAGAGACGCAGGGAGCGCAUUGAAACACUAAUUGGAGGAAACUUGCACCACUUUAACCUGGGUCGACGUGUUCCCGCCUUCGACUAUGGCUCUGACAUGUUUGGGACGGGUCUCACGCCCCUGCACCUGUCUGAUGAUGGAGAGGGUGGGGCUUUCCAUUUCCAGGAGCCCCCACCUCCUUACGCGGCAUAUAAAUACCCUGAGCUCCGCCCACCAGAUGAGCCCCCGCCCCCUUACGAGGCUUCCAUCAACCCAAAUUCUCUUCUCUACAUGGGACUUGGACUGGAUACUACACAGGACAAUGGAGGAGGUGGAACGCUGUGCAGAACCCCUCUUCAGGCUCCGCCCCCUCCUCUUGAGGAGAGGACAGAAUCUAUUGACAGCAGCACAAUGUUGGUGACCCCGGACACACCCACAGAGACCGAUGACCUCGACCUUAGCUCCAGCCUUGAAUCCACGAACACCACCUCACUCAGUACGGUGGUUUGAUGAGAUUGGUGUUUUUUUUCUCUUGUGGGUAGGGAUGAGUUUCUACAAUGAACUGAUUGACUGUUUGAGCUUCAAAAAAGUUGUUAAGUGUAAAUACGGCUGCUCGUUUUUCUUCCUUCCUUCUUCUCCAUAGACUGAUAAUGACAAGGGGGUGGAGCUUCAGCUGUCUUUUCGUCUUAUGUUGUGAACAUGUGUUGAUGCUCCUGACCUUCCCUCUUCAUGACAGGCACAGCUGACGCUUCAGAGGUCUGUCCUGCACAUGGAUGGGUUUCAAGUUGUUAGAUCCUGACUGACCCAUGACAAUUUCGCCUAGAACGUUUUUCCCUCCCUCAUCUUGUCGUUUAUAAGAGCCUUGUCCCCUUAAAGGGCUGUGUCCGUAAUGCUGCAUUCACAUGGUGGUGUUGAACAAACCAUUGCUUUAAUGUCUCAUCGCAGAACUGGUGUAUACAUUGAUGGUACAUAACCCAUGGCAGCAUGCAGCCAUGUAAAUGUUGCCAUGGUAACAGUGUCUAGUUUUGCUAGUCAGCACACAGCUAACACGACAGGCUUUUUAUUUUUGUUGUAGAUUUUUAGGUGUGCUUACGAGCCAUUAGGCAUGGGUGCUUUGUUUUAGUCGUAGUACCAUAUGAUGAUUUAUUUUCUCUGCAAUAUUUCGUUUUAAGCUGAAGCUCUGCACAGUGUCUGGAUUUGCUUUAAAAAAUCUCCUGUAAAAACAAUUUAUGACAUUUUCUAAAUGUUAAAUUCGUGAACCGAAGUAAGGGAAAUGUAUUUUUUUAAUCGGUAGGGAGGUGUCAUCCGUAUAACGAUUGUAUGUUUUUUCCUUUAAAAUAAUCAUAGAAUUUCAUUCUUGAUAAACUGAUAAAAAUGCAUGCUUUUCUUCCCCCAGCACAUUUAAAAUGAUGUCAUUACAUUACAUUUACAUUUAGGCAUUUGGCAGACGCUCUUAUCCAGAGCGACUUAUCAUUACUGUCUGGUCAGUUAAGUUACAGAUUAGGAAAGUUCAGAUCAUUUUUUUUCAGAUAUUUCUGUUUAUGCAGAUAGCUUUUUUUCUAGAGGGAAGGAGGCUUUGUGCAGGAGCCUUUAUAAGAGACAGACAUGUUGAGGGAUAAGGAAGCAUGGUGUUUAUAGAGAAUUUACAGGGGAAGCUCCGACUCUGCAGUCUGGCAGUCAGUUUCUAGACUGAACACUGAGUGUGUGUUUGUUUGUGUGUGUGUGUGUGUGUGUGUGUGUAGCCGCACACGUUUAGCCAGAGGCUGCUAAGUAAGUGUCAGGCCAGUUUGAGACAGGAAACUGAUGGAAAACAGAUGGAUAUUUAGACACUGAACCUGGGUAUACAAAAAGUCUUUUGAAAUGGAUUUACAUAAAAAAAACAAAUCUACCAACUGCUUUAAAAAAUGCAAUAAGGAUAAGCAGGUUAGAAAUGAGUGUUACAAAAUUAGGAAAAUAUGUUUUUUGAACAUCUUUCAUUAUAUUUUAAAUUAAAAAUAAAUGAUGGAAAUGUACUCAGUGCAGAAAGCCCAAAGGAGUAGGCCUUACCAGGGCUGAACUGCAGCAUUUUAUUAUCUGCUCCUGUCUGAAAUAGGUCAGGGCACAUAGAAACGAAUCAUUCACUACUGUAUCAUUGCUGUUUGUCUGUGUGCAUGAGGAGGAGGGGACAGAGAGAGAGGGAGAGAUACUUUGGUCUCAGUUCCAUUUGGUAAUUAAUUCAGCAUUUGAUCACAAUUUUAGCGUUCUUGAUAACACUGUGGAGUGAUAUGUUGUAUGAUAAAUUACUGAGGUGUGCCUCAGAAUGGUCAUGGGUUUUAAAAUCUUUAAUUUUGUUUAAGAAUGUUUCUGGAUUUGGAAGACACUGUAUUUAACCAGCGCAUUUUAAUCAUUGACCCUCUGGUUGAUUGGCACAGACAAUCCUCAGUGAAACUGCAGGUUUCUAGUUUCCUCUUGAUCAUGUAAUGAGCAGCGUGUGUGCUUCGAUAUCAAGCAUCUCCUUAAAGGUUAAUAUGAUUUCUGCGUUUGUCGUCGCCGCUCUGCAUGUUUUUCCCCGCGGCUCGAGGAAUUUUACCAAGGAGACGCUAAUAAGUCAAGUGUUUUGUGUAAUAUACUACAAAUGGUACAUUUUAAUGUUUAAUUUCACGUUUUUAAUGUAAUUUCCUGUUUAGGUUCUGUUGCAGGGUUAUGUGUUGUCCUCUGAUGUUGAUGUAUAGUUCAUCAUCAUCAGGCGCCAAAUAAACUUCACUGAAGAAUAAGACAAAAAAUGUGUACAGUGAUUCAUUAUUUUUUUUAUAAAGAUACUUGUGAAUGAUUGACUGAAAAUAAUGACAAGGUAUAUUUGUUAGUGAAAUAAAACUUUAGAGUUUGUAUGGGUUAUACUGGUUUGCUAUAUUCCAGUAAAAUGAAGGAUGACUUUUGCAAAAUCAAAAUCAUGUAAAUAAAAAAAUAUUUAAUUUUUUUAUUAUUUUUUUUUUAUUUGAAGAAAUGGAAAGCAGAAGUUAUAGUUGGAUUACAGCCAUUGUUUGGGCUUUUGUUUUAUUCUAAACAUGUUUGGGCCUCAGUCUAUUAUAUUGGAUCAAGUGUUAAAAUGGCUAAUGUUUGCAUAUUGUACAGAUUAUUAAAGGUCUACUCCAUGUGUAUUAUUA